UUCUCUCUUCUAAGUGUUCCGAGUUUUGCCGAAAGAGUAGUGAAGAGCGAUGGCAGGCGAGAAUGGGGAGGCAGUGAGGAACAAGCAAGUGAUAUUCAGGGACUACGUGAGUGGUUUCCCCGAGGAUACGGACAUGGAGGUGCGCGAGUCGACCAUGAAGUUGCGUCUCCUGGAGGGCUCGAACGGCCUCCUCGUGAAAAAUCUCUACCUGUCCUGCGACCCUUACAUGAGGUUCCGCAUGACGAAACCCAAUGUCCCGGUUUAUGUCGAACCCUUCAGACCCGGUUCGCCUAUAACUGGAUAUGGAGUAGCUAGAGUUUUGGAAUCCGGGCAUCCAAACUUCAAGAAAGGCGACUUGCUUUGGGGUUUGACUGGAUGGGAGGAGUAUACUCUACUUACUGCACCAGAGACUUGCUUCAAGAUUGAACACACCGAUGUUCCUCUGUCUUACUACACUGGCCUUUUGGGUAUGGCUGGCAUGACCGCUUAUGCCGGUUUUUUCGAAGUAUGCUCUCCUAAGAAAGGAGAGACUGUUUUCAUAUCAGCGGCAUCGGGAGCUGUUGGUCAGCUUGCUGGCCAGUUGGCAAAGUCGUUCGGUUGUUAUGUUGUUGGCAGCGCUGGUAGCAAAGAGAAGGUUGAUUUGCUGAAGAACAAGUUUGGAUUCGAUGAUGCUUUCAACUACAAGGAGGAACUGGAUCUGGAUGCAGCACUGAAAAGAUGCUUCCCCGAGGGUAUCGAUAUCUACUUCGAAAACGUUGGCGGAAAGAUGCUCGAUGCGGUGCUGCUCAGCAUGAAACUUCAUGGCCGAAUCGCAGUUUGUGGAAUGAUCUCACAGUACAAUCUCGAGCAGCCCGAAGGCAUACACAACUUGACAAAUUUUAUCCUGAAGCGGAUUCGGAUGGAAGGUUUCAUGGUAUCCGAUUACUAUCAUCUCUACCCGAAGUUCCUGGAGACGGUAUUGCCUCAGAUCAAAGAGGGGAAGAUUGUGUAUGUGGAAGACACUGCCGAAGGUCUCGAGAAUGCUCCGACAGCUCUCAUCGGGCUGUUCUACGGCCGCAAUGUUGGGAAACAAGUGGUGGUGCUUUCUCACGAAUGAGUCGGCUUUCUGUACUUUUCCAUCCGCGUCGUCGCCUCUUUUCUCGUGUUCAAAAUGGGUUGUUUUCUGUUUGUCUUUGUGUUGCCAUUCCGUUGUGCGAGGACACAGAGGUUGUUUGUUUCUUUGGGGAUGAAUCGGAUGAUACAGAGGACCAUCUGGUUGUGUUGUUUUCAGGGGUCAAUGUUGGUAAACGGGGUGGUUUGUAGCUUUUCGCGAAUG